CUCUAAAGCCACUAGAAGGCAGCAAAGCUCUGCUAAACAAACAGGACGUUAUCUAAUCUCUUUAAGUGGUUGUUGAUAAUGAAAAAUAAAUAUUUACUGACAACUCUGAUGAUUCUGUUAAUGUAGAGAUUGUGUUAAUAAUGAUGAUCAUAAUUUGAUGCUCAAAUAUAAUUUCAAAUAGGCUACCAUACUGCAGUUUUAGACGUUUUUUGCAAAACAUUGUGACAGCCUACAAGCUGUCAAGAAAAAAGAAAGUAAAUGAUUUAAAUGAAAAAUUAGCUAAUUAAAAUCAGGCGAUUUUUUAAAGGCAUAAAGUGAUCGAAGGAUAGCAUAUCCCAUAUUAAUUUAAAGAGAUUCAUAUUUACAAUUAAAUGACGCAUUUGAAGGAACUAGCCAGGAGUCCUUCUUUGACAUAGGCUGAAUGAAAAGGAGACUGAGGUGGAAGAGAUAUUCGAUCGCGGGUGUGGCAAGGGGUGAGGAGACAGACACCUGUUGUGUUGUUUUAAACAGAUAGAGCCUCUCCUGUUUUCUGGCGUAAAAAUCGAUUGGUAGGCUAUACUUUAUUGGAUAUUUGUGUUGAUGUGCUGCUGUGCUGUCGAAACGGCAGGAAAGUGAAACGCAGCCAUCAGGUAUCAUACGUGAUUCCUAGCUGUUCGCCAGGUGUUUCUGCCGUCACCGCAGCUGAUCCAUCAUCUCACAUGCAGGAGUAAGUUUACUGCUUAACACCUGGCAGUCUUAUGUCUACCUUCAGAAGAUAAAGUUUCGGGGUGUGACGCCUGCAGACCCUCAUGACUGUGUGUCAAGCAGUGCCUCGUUCACACAGAUGUCCUGUAAGAAGUGGUUACUGGUUUGUCUCCUGGUUUCAGGAGUUUUUUUAGCACUCUAUCUCACUUAUAGUCCUAUGACAAAGUGGUUCCAAGUGGAGAAAGAACCACAAAGGUACCCUGUUGCGAAAAGACCAAGUACAGAAGCACCAACUGAGGAACCUUUUCAGGAAGAACCAGGGAUGUACCAUGUUGCUUACCCCAGAAAAUACAAAUUCAUCAUUGAUCAGCCAGAGAUAUGUGAACAACAAAAGCCCUAUUUGGUGGUUAUUGUCCCUGUGCCCCCUUGGGAUGUUGAUGCACGCAAUGGCAUCAGGAAAACGUGGGGUGAACAAAAGGUUUUUGGCGACAAAAUGGUGCUGGUUCUGUUUCUUUUGGGCUUACACAGUGGAAACGAUGAAGAAAUGUUGCAGGAGCGACUCCGGAAUGAGAGCCAACAAUACCAAGACCUUCUGCAGAGCAACUUUCAGGAUUCCUACAGGAAUCUGACCAUUAAAACUAUGGUGAUGAUGGAAUGGCUCAGCAGAAAGUGUCAACAGGCAACCUACGCGAUGAAAGUGGACGCUGAUGUGCUGCUCAACAUGAACAACCUAAUAAAAAUGCUUGUGAGUCUGAACACAGUACAAGGCAACUAUAUGACUGGGUUAGUGUGGUAUGAAAGCCCUGUCAUACGAGACCCAUCCAGCAAGUUUUUCCUGCCAUAUGAUGUGUACUCCAAAAACACAUAUCCUCCAUAUCCUUUGGGCAUGUGUUACAUUAUUUCUGUGGACCUCCCACAAAAGUUCCUACAGGAAUCAAAGCAAAUUAAGCCCAUAUAUAUUGAGGAUGCAUAUCUUGGAAUAUGUUUGGAGCGUUUGGGUAUCGUCCCUAUCAAACCACCAAAUAUCGAACAGUUUGUGGUGAAACCACCGCAGUACAAUCGUUGUUACUAUUCUGGACUGAUAGCAGUACUUACAGAAAACACAAAUCAGAUGACUUCUUAUUGGUUAGAUAUUCAUUCAUCCAGCCAACCAUGCUGAGGUGGAAACAUCCCAACUAAAAGAAUAUUCCUCAAUAAAAGACUUGUUAAUUUGGUGUACGGGUUCACUUUACAUCAGUUUACAAAAUUUAAUUAUUCCUUUUUUGUGUGUGUGUAUGUGAGCAUUUUAUUUGUUGCAAUUGAAACCAUUUGCAUCAUGAACAUAUCCUGCUUAGGAACAAUGACAUUAAUGAGUAAUGAGUAUUACAUAUAAAAACAUGUAAAAGGAUUUCCUGCAAAGAAAUGUGCAUUUUCAACCUCACCCAUGUCAUGCUUGACAGAGAAAAAUGAAUUACUCUAAUACGUCUA